CGGAACGAGGCGGGAAGCCGGCGCCGGCCGCCGUUUGCCUCCGGCUGGCCGGAGCCAUGCGAAGCUGUGGGACGGCGAGGGGGGCUGCUGGUUGGGCUGCCCCGCUGCUCUUGCUAUGGCAGUGCCUGCCGACGGUGCGGCCUUACAACUUGGACACUCAGCAUCCGCUGCUCUUCCAAGGGGGCAACGGGACUCUCUUCGGAUACUCGGUUCUCCUGCACCAACACGGCGAGGAGAAAUGGCUAGUGGUGGGCGCUCCGCAGGCCAGCUGGCCCGCCAACAUUUCGGUCGUCAACCCUGGGGCCAUUUUCCGGUGCCGGAUAGGGGGGAACCCCCGCGGGCGGUGCGAGCAGCUCCAGCUGGGCAACCCCAAUGGAGAGUACUGUGGGAAGACUUGUUUGGAAGAGCGUGAUAAUCAGUGGCUGGGUGUCAGUUUAUCGAGGCAGCCAAAAGAAAAUGGAUCUAUCGUUGCUUGUGGACAUAGAUGGAAAAAUAUCUUUUACAUAAGAACUGAACACAAACUCCCAUAUGGUAUUUGUUUUGCUGUCCCUUCUGAUUUUCGAACUGAACUGAGCAGAAGAAUAUGCCCAUGCUAUAAAGAUCAUGUGCGAAAGUUGGGAGAAGACCAUGGGUCGUGCCAGGCUGGAAUGUCUAGCUUUUACAUUGAGGACUUAAUUAUAAUGGGAGCCCCUGGGUCAUUUUAUUGGACUGGUUCUGUUUUUAUAUAUAACACAACGGCAAAUAAAAUCCAUGGUUAUACAGAUUCAAAUAACCAAGUGAAGUUCGGCAGCUAUCUAGGAUACUCUGUUGGGGCUGGACAUUUUCUGACAUCAACCAGUACAGAAGUAAUUGGAGGGGCUCCCCAACAGGAACAGACUGGUAAAGCAUAUAUUUUUAGCAUUGAGGAGGACUUAAAUAUUCUGUUUGAACUAAGAGGUAAAAAGCUAGGUUCUUACUUCGGAGCUGCAGUUUGUGCUGUGGACCUGAACUCAGAUGGCCUCUCAGACUUGCUAGUCGGUGCUCCAAUGCAAAGUGUCAUCAGAGAAGAAGGAAGAGUUUAUGUCUAUAUCAAUUCAGGUUCUGAGGCAAAGAUGGUAGAACUGAACAUAGAGCUCAGUGGGAGUGACUCAUAUGCAGCCAGGUUUGGAGAGUCCAUAGCCAAUCUAGGAGACAUCGAUAAUGAUGGCUUUGAAGAUGUAGCAAUUGGAGCUCCACAAGAAGAUGAUCUAAAGGGGGUUAUUUACAUAUAUAACGGCAGGGAAGAUGGAAUAACGCCAUCAUUUUCACAGAGAAUACAAGGACAUCAACUCAGUAGCUCUUUAAGCAUGUUUGGACAAUCCAUAGCAAGUGCAAUUGAUGUAGAUAACAAUGGUUAUCAAGAUGUAGCAAUUGGUGCAUUUCUCUCAGAUUCUGCUGUGGUGCUGAGAACAAAACCAGUGGUAAUUAUUGAUGCUUCUUUAAAACAUCCAAGUUCAAUAAAUCGAACUAAUUUAAACUGCAUGGAAAAUGACCAGCCUGCAGUCUGUAUGCAUUUGAAGAUAUGCUUUACCUAUACAGGACGAGAAGUGCCUGGAUAUAUUGUGCUGCUUUAUAAUCUGAGUGUUGAUGUGAACAGAAGAGUGGAUACACAAGCAAGAUUUUACUUUUCCUCCAACGGAACAUCAGAUACAAUCUCAGGAAACGUAAAGAUUUACAGCAAGAAUACUGCCUGCAAAGAUCAUCCAGCAUUUAUGAGGAAAGAUGUAAGGGAUAUCUUGACUCCUGUACAUGUUGAAGCAAGUUAUCAGCUGGGGCAUCAUAUUCUACAAAAGAGAAAUAGUCAAGAAUUUUCACCACUUCAACCUGUUCUUCAGCGGAGGAAAGAGAAAGAUGUUAUCGUAAGCAAGUUUGUUUUUGCAAGGUUUUGCUCCCAAGAAAAUUGUUCUGCUGACUUGACUGUUUCUGGGAAAAUUGCUUUUCCAAAGCCUCAUGAUAAGAAAACAUAUCUUGCUGUUGGAAGUAUGAAGACUCUAUUGUUGAACGUUUCUCUGCUCAAUGCUGGAGAUGAUGCGUAUGAAACUGUUCUCCACAUUCAAAUCCCUAAAGGUCUUUAUUUCAUCCGAAUUUUAGAAUUGGAAGAAAAACAGAUACAUUGUGAUGUAUUAGAUAAAGAAAUUCAUGCAGUGAAACUUGAGUGCAGCGUUGGUUGUUUAUAUGUAGAUCAGAAAUCAAAGCUGGAUUUUAGUUUUCUCUUGGAUGCAAGCUCGUUUACCAGAGCAGAAGAUGACCUCAACAUCAUCAUUAAUGCUACCUGUAAAAAUGAAGAUGGGAGCAUGUUGCUGGAUAACACACUAACUUUAGCUAUACCUCUAAAAUACGAGACUGAGUUAAAUGCACAUGGGUUCGUAUCACCGCCUUCGUUUGUGUAUGGAACAAAUGAGAAAGAUUCCCCACUUACGUGUAUGAAGGAGAGUAUCAACUUCACUUUCCAUGUUAUCAGUGCAGGACCAAGCAUGGCUCCAAAUACAACCUUAGAAAUAAUGAUACCUAAUGCUUUUCCACCCAAUAACUUCAGAUUAUUCAACACAUUGGAUAUCAAGACAACAGUUGGAGAGUGCUCCUAUAAUAAACAUUCCAGAAACUGUAGUGUGGCAGAAAAAAAUGAAAAUAUAUUAAAAGAUGUUGUCACUUUCUUUUCAAAGCCUGCUAAGAGACAAAUGUACUGCAUGAAAAAUGACAACUUUUGCUUACAAAUAUAUUGCAAGCUUGGAAACAUGGAAAGUGGAAAAGAAGCAACCAUUCAGUUGUAUCUGGAGGCAACUCCUUCACUUUUAGAAAUGGAUGAUGCAUCAGCAUUGAAGUUUGAAGUAAGAGCAACAGCCUCACCAGAAAAAAAUGCAAAAGUUAUUGAAGUACACGAGGACAAGCAAGUUGCAUAUGUCUAUUUGGAAGGAGUGCACCACCAAAAGCCCAAAUACCAUGUUACUGUGCUAAUAAUUGGAACAGGCUUAAUAGUUGGUGUUGCCUUGUUUUUGCUUCUUUCAUUUAUAUUAUGGAAGAUUGGCUUUUUCAAAAGGCAAUACAAACAAGUCCCUCAAGACAAGAACAGAAGAGAGAGCUGGAGUUUCACAAGUGGGAACAAAGAUGGCUAAGAUGGCAAAUAAAUGUUUGAUUUUAAAAUGAA